GGGGUUGAUUCCUUGAUCGAAUCACAUCGAAUUCCAACUAAAUAAUAAAGGAAAAAAGUACACAAAACAAAAGAAAAGGCAAAUGAAAAAAACAAUAAUUGACCUCUAUCUCCACCAUCUAGCUAGGUACCAUCCAAAAAUAAACAAAAUUAAAAACACCCCCACGUUAUCAACGUAACCGCACCUCACCUUUUUGGCCUUAAAAAACACAAAUACAAUUGCGGAACAAAACGCAGGCGGCUCACGCCACCACUUUAAUAUUACGCUCUCCAACAAUCAAUGCCCCUCUAAUCAUUAUUCUUCACCCAAAAAAAUUCCCCCUACUGCUUUUUCCUCCAAAUUCAAUAAAGAUUGUGUUCGAGUCGGUUUUCACGAACCACGUAACUCUAUUUAUUUUCACCUUUUCUUUCAUCUCCUUUAUAGAACCAGUUUUUCUGUUCUUUUUCCUUCUUUUUUUUUUUGUGUGUGUUUGAAUAGCUAGGUAGGAGGAUGGAGGUGGUGGAGAUGGCAGGUACAAAGCCGAUCCAGUUGGUUAGAGCUAAAUCGGAUCAGGAUCGGAUAAAGGUGAAGAGAAAAACGCUAGAAGCUGUGUUACAGGAAUGCCAAAGAGCUCUGGAAUUGCUUAGUACUACUGGUUCUAUUGAGGAUGAUGCGGAUGAAUCGAAUUCUAGCAGUGAUGUUGAUCGGGAUGCUAUUGAUGAGUCCGGUGGUCAAGGUUCAUCAUCAUCUACUCCGUCGGCUGCUGAUACCGAGACCGAUGAGCUGCGAGAUCUCCUGAAAUCUAGAGUUGAAUGCGCAGAUUUCCUUAUAAAGCUAGAAAAUGCUCAAGCAUCUGUUCCACAAAACUUAGCUGUUUGUGUUGUAGAAGAAGGAAGUUCGUGGGACAUGGUUAAUGAGAAUGACCUUUGGGAAGGUGGAGAUCCUGAGUUAGACGGAGAAGACUAUGUUUUAGUUAGGCAAGAAGAUAUAGUGGAUGGUAUAGCUUGCUUUAUGGCUGCAUAUCUGUUGUCUCUUAAGCAGACUAAGGAUUUGACACCAAACCAACUCCAAGAUGCCCUCAGCAAGACAUUCUCUUUGAAAAAGAAGAAAGGAAAGCUCCGAAAGGCAUGGGAUGGAAGCAAAGUUAUUUACAAUGUAGCAUCUUGGGGGGCUACAGCUAUUGGGAUAUACCAAAAUCCAGCUAUUCUCAGAGCUGCAUCAGCAGCGUUCUGGACUUCCUGCCGUGUAAUAUCAAAGCUCUUAUAAGCAGCAGUUCUGGCUUAGCUGAAAUCCCAAGGCAUCACCUGCACGUUGUAUCGGUUAGGUUGUUGGUUCUUUAAUUUGUAAUAUAAAUGCCAUUCGUUUGUCUAAUCAUGUAAAUAUUUCGCCAAUUGAAUAGGCUGUGUGCACAAUGAUUGGGUUUAAUCUGAUGAUCUUGUAUGAUUAUUGAUUCUAA